AUGCCAGUACUAUCGUGCUUCACCACCGAAGAAGUAGCCUCAGACCGAAGGACUGAGCUACGGAAUGUAGCUAAAGCUAAACCUGCGCUACGAGAACAUAAAAUUGGAGGUGACGUCUACGAGAAACCUCAAGACACUGGCAAGAGUAAGCAGCUUAGACACGUUAUGGAUCAGCAGGGAUCUUCAUACGUCUCUAUCAACUCUAAGCUUUACAUAGCAGGUUCACAAUCUAUGAAGAAAAUAAUAGAAAUAAAUAAAUUUUUGGUUGGUACAAUGGCUGGAGGUGCUGCUGACUGUGUAUAUUGGGAUAGAGUCUUAUCUAAGCAAUGCCAGCUCUUUGAACUGCGCAACAAGAAUCCCAUCUCUACAGCGGCCGCAUCUAAGCUGAUGGCUAACAUGGCAUUUUCCUACAAAGGAACGGGUCUAUCCAUGGGAAUGAUGAUUGCUGGUUGGGAUAAAAAUGGAGCCAGCCUUUAUUACGUAGAUUCGGAAGGCCAAAGAACAAGAAGUACUGUAUUUAGCGUUGGUUCUGGAUCUAUUUAUGCUUUUGGCGUUUUAGAUUCCGGGUAUUCCUUUGAUCUUCAAAAUCAAGAGGCUUAUGAGUUGGCUAGGAGAUCGAUAUAUUAUGCUACAUUCAGGGACUCUUUUUCUGGAGGUAUUAUCCGAGGCAUUGUGAGACAUUACAUUGCAGUUUUAACUACUACACCCAAAGAGGCGGAUAUUUUACAAGUUCAAGACAGCCAGGUAUUGAUAAGAUCCAGAAUUCUUCGUGAAAAUGGUGGUUACCUAGUUAGCUCAUCUUACCAUACUCGAAGAAAUUUUUUUAACAAUGAAGAUACAGGAUAUUUCAAAACUCAGAAACGACAGGCUACAAGUCAAAAUCCAAUGACCGACCCAAAUAUGAUGACAGAUAUGCUCAAAGGCAAUAUCACUACAGUGCUUCCCAUGAUAAUAAUUGGUGGUUGGAUCAACUGGAUGUUUUCAGGAUUUGUUACAACAAAGGUUCCAUUUCCUCUCACACUAAGAUUUAAACCUAUGUUGCAGAGAGGAAUAGAACUUGCUUCCCUAGAUGCUUCAUGGGUGUCUUCUGCAUCAUGGUACUUCCUUAAUGUUUUUGGAUUACGGAGCAUAUAUGCCCUUGUUCUAGGUGAGAAUAAUGCUGCUGAUCAAUCAAGACAGUUUCAGGACCAGAUGUCAGGUGCUGCAAUGGCCAUGCCUCCAGAUCCUAAAGCUGCAUUUAAGUCAGAGUGGGAAGCUCUUGAGAUUAAUGAACACCAUUGGCUGUUGGCAGAUGCUGAUAGUGAUCUUUUAGUUAAUCAUAUCGAAGAUAAGAUUAAAAACUGA